GCAGGAAAUAGCACUAAGGACUCAGGAGGCACGUACGUACGUUGUAGCUGUUUUGCAAGAAGAAUGGUGAGAAUUAAUGAGUGAGAGAGUGGUAUAAGGGAACAUAUAUAGAGAAGAGAAAGUCUUGAUAAUGGAAUACUUACAAUAAUCAGAAGCCAUUGUUAAGGAAUAUGGAUCCCAGCCAAGCCUCUGCUCCCCCUCUUGACUGGAAUUACGACGACAGAGUAGGAAUGGCUCAGCCACCACCACCCUACGAGGACCAUCUUCAGUACCCCACUCCGGGGGCUUACCCGCCCCCAGGGGCCGUGCACCCCCAAGGGGCCUACUACCCGCCUGGGCCUUGGGGUCCUCCAGCAAGAGUCCACAUGGGCCAGCCUUACCCUCAAGCUCAGUACCCACAAGGCCAGCACCCGCAGGGCCAGUAUUCACAAGGCCAGCACCCACAGGGCCAGUACCCACAGGGCCAGUACCCACAGGAUCAGUACACCCAGGAAAACACGGUUAUGGUCCACCCUACGACAGUGCUUGUGACCAACUCACCUCUCAGUCCGAUACCGGACUACAUGGGUUGUGCCAUAUUCAAUAUGUGCUGCUGCCUCCCAAUUGGCAUUGCAGCCCUCAUCUUCUCUAUUUCUACUCGUGUAGCCAAUAGUCAAGGCAACCGACCACUGGCUGAGAAGAACUCCCAAAAAACACGGCGAUUGAACCACGCCGGCCUCACCGUUGGCCUCUUCUCCAACAUUAUCCUCAUCUUCCUCUUCAUCUUUGGUAGAAUGCUAUUAUAAUCCUCCUUCCUCUGACGGAAUUGGAACGGUUGAAAAUCAGAUCAUUUAUGAGUGUGUUCAGGGAGGGUCUCACUUUGCAUUUCCUGAUUGGAUUUCACAGCCAGGGCCAGUGAAUGCUAGAUAUCAAUCAUCGAAGUACAGCAUCUGGGACACUCAACUGUCCGAGGAGAAAGGAUUGUCAUGUUUGAUAACUUGAAUAUGGUGGAGUUUUCCAAAAUGGAUCUAUUCACAGUAGUGUCAAGUUGCGCAUGCUCCAUCCUUACUUUGUUUCCAGCUGUGGAUUGAAUGAGGAAAAAAUGCAUAUGGUAGACAUGCGAUUACCAAAAAACAUUCUGAACUCACAAAGCCUGUAUAUACUGUAUCAUAAAUGUUCAAGUGCAAUUUUAUUGUAAUACUCAUAAAAAAGGAUUUAUCGUU